AAACAUAAGCAAAGAAUGCAAGAGAUAGAUAUUGCCAGCCUUACUCUCCUGGAGAUCUCAGACCUCAACGAACUUCUGAAGAAAACAUUGAAGAUCCAGGAUGUUGGCCUUAUGCCAGUGGGUGGCAUGAUGUCUGGUGCCGUCCCUGCUGCACCUACAGCCCCUGAGGUGACUGAUGAAGAAGACAUCCCCAAAAAGAAAGAACGGACACAUUUCACUGUCCGCCUGACAGAAGCAAAGCCUGUGGACAAAGUGAAACUGAUUAAGGAGAUCAAGAACUAUGUCCAGGGCAUAAACCUUGUGCAGGCCAAGAAGCUAGUGGAGUCCCUGCCCCAGGAAAUCAAAGCAAACGUCGCCAAAGCUGAGGCUGAAAAGAUCAAGGCAGCCUUGGAAGCAGUGGGUGGGACUGUAGUUCUGGAGUGACACCCUUGUUCUGAGGACUUUUGGACUGGGGUCCCUGGGACCUGGGCACAGGCCUUCUCACACCUGCUUCACUCCCAGGUAGUGUGUUGGGAGCAGCAGCUACUGACGCUGGUGACCAAAUUCUGCUGG